AUGGCAGACGGAGCGUGCAGUUGGUCAAGGGUGCCUCCCAACGUCGUUGUCGAUAUCGACGCUGAAGAGGAUGCCGACGGGGACGACGCUCGCAGUUGUGAAGUCCACCAGCCGGGAUGGCAAGACGUAUUCAAUAUCACCGCACAGUCCGCCACGCUGCAACUGGACGCUGGCACGAUCUCAGGCAGACACGACUCCCUCCGAACCAGAUAUCGCACAGGCUCUUCUCACCGAUCAAACAGCCGUGAACAGUCUCAAUGGCUUGGUUGCGGAUCACUCAUGAUUACUCGAGAUCGCGACGCUUAUUGGCAUUACCGGCUCGAUCGGAAUGCAGAUGCCCGGAAGGUGUGGGAAGAAAGUAUGCCCAAGAUUGCUCAUGAGCACCAAGAUCUUGAGAAGUCUAUCGCCGAAUCGGAGGACGAGCACGAUGAAGAGUUCUUCGAUGCGAUCGACGAAGGUAAGGUUGAGAGCACAUGGAAAUCGAGCCCGCUUAUGCCGGAGACGAAGGGGGAGUUCGCGAGCGACGGAAACUGGAUGCUGACAAUUGUCCAAAGAUUUCACCUCGGUCGUAUUCUCAAGUCUGUGAGAGGCAAAGACAUGACCACGAUGGCUCUGUCGGUUUCUUCCAAUGGAUCAACCUAUCUGCUCCAGCGUGUCGCUGAAGACAUGGAAUAUGCCGGUCUCCUUGAGCCGGAGCAAACCCGCUGUGGAUGGGUGGGUGGAUGGGCGUCAUCACGCCAGAGCAUGCUAUGCGGCAUUCCGGUGAACUGCGAUCGAAAGAGCACGACCCACUGCACGGUGUGCCUGGGAGAGCGUGUUUCAGGUCUGUCGCUGGCUGGAUUGAGUCGUCUCGUCUGCCUCUCCGAAUCCCGUCCAGCGAACGUGGAACUCGGUUCGGCCGUGCCCGCGACGUUCUCGCAACACUUCUUGCACUUCCCACUCUUCCUCACCUUCGAUAUUGACAGGUUCGGACACGCUCGCGCCAGGACGCAGUGA